AUGUUGAGCCGGCUGGGCCUGACUCUCUUCUUUCUUGGAUGCUCCGUUGCUGGGAGUUCAGCACCUGUCCCUGAUGAUGUGCUGGUGGGCAUCGUGGGGGGCCGUAAUGCCCCACAGGGGAAGUGGCCUUGGCAGGUCAGCCUGAGGAAGUACAACUAUUACUUGACUUCCUGGAUCCACAUCUGCGGGGGCUCCAUCAUCCACCCACAGUGGGUGCUGACUGCUGCCCACUGCAUUCAUGAGAGAAAUGCGGACCCGUCAGCCUUCCGCAUUCAUGCUGGGGAUGUGUACCUCUAUGGGGGCAAGAAGCUGCUGAGUGUGAGCCAGAUGAUCAUCCACCAGGACUACGUGCAGGGUGUCCUGGGCUCAGAUGUGGCUCUGCUUAAGCUGGAGAAACCCUUGAACCGUUCUGCUAACAUCAAGCCUGUCAAGCUGAUCUCUGGGUCUCUUGAGGUCAACUCAAAAUGCUUGGUGACUGGCUGGGGCAUGGUGCGCAUUCACGCAUCGCUGCCCCCUCCCUACCGCCUGCAGCAGGUUCAGGUGCAGAUAGUGGAUAAUGUCAUCUGUGAGCAGUUGUACCAUAAUGCCACCAGGCACCACCACCAGGACCACAGAUUCAUCCAAGAUGACAUGCUGUGUGCCAGCAGUGUGGGCCAUGGGACAUGCUAUGGUGACUCAGGUGGCCCCCUGGUCUGCAGCGUAGCAGGCUCCUGGAAAUUGGUGGGAGUGGUGAGCUGGGGCUAUGGCUGUGGCCUGAAGGACAUCCCUGGGGUCUAUGCACGUGUGCAGUCCUUCCUGCCCUGGAUCAAACAGCAGACACAGAGGUUCCCCUGAGCCCAGCUGCUGGCCUCAUGCUGGUCGUCAGAAGAUGAGUCUCUCAGUGCCCAUUGCUUCAGCCUUUGCCCAUUAUUCCAAACCUGUCCUGUCCUCUGGCCUUCUGGGAGUCUGGACAUCCCUGACCCAGCAAAGAAAGCAGGGACGAUGGCCAGCAGGGUGGGUGCUCUUAGCUUGACGGGAGGUGGAGAGGAAUGGAGGCUUUCUAUGCAUGCAGCUGAUGAAGGUACCGAGUAACAUUUGCUUCUGGCUGUCCUUAAUAAAGGUCGUGUGCACACUUAA